UGCGUGGUUCGUCCCGGAGGUCGCCCGCUGGGGUGUUUUCCCACGUGCGUUAGUAAUCGGAGGGCAUCAUGUUGUGAGGAGAUGGGGGCCUCGGUGGCUCGCGCAAUCAGGAACUUCAACCUAGAGAACCGGGCGGAACGGGAAAUCAGCAAGAUGAAGCCCUCCCCCGCUCCCAGGCACCCCUCCACCAAGAGCCUCCUGCGAGAGCAAAUGAGCGCGCAUCCAGAUAUUAAGCAAGAAAUUGAUAGAAAAGAUGACAAACUGCUGUCAUUGCUAAAAGAUGUAUAUGUUGAUUCCAAAGAUCCUGUGCAGGCAAAAGAUGCUGGAACACGUCCGGAACCAAAGGAGUACAGAUUGCCAAAAGGCAAUCACUUUGACAUGAAUAUCGAGAACAUUCCCAAAGGCAAAAUUUCCAUUGUAGAGGCAUUGACACUUCUCAAUAAUCAUAAACUUUAUCCGGAAACAUGGACUGCUGAGAAAAUAGCAAAAGAAUACCAUCUAGAACAGAAAGAUGUAAAUUCCCUUCUCAAAUAUUUUGUUACCUUUGAAGUCAAAAUCUUCCCUCCUGACAAGAAAGCAAUACAAUCAAAAUGAAGGAAAUCUUGAAGUUACUUUUCCGAUAUGUAUUCCCUGUUCCCAUGCCCUGUUUAUUUCCCCAUUUUUAGCAUGUUAAAUUAUAUAAAUUACUGAAUGUUUAAAGCUCCCUUCAUCUAUUUAUUGAGCUCUGCUAAAUUUUCAGGACUAAUAAUAGAAUAAAUUUUUUCUUUUAAACUUUUGUUUAGGCAAGUGUUCAUAUGUAAUAUCAUCAUGAUUAAACAGCACUUGUAUCAAUUUUUUACAAAUAAAAAAGUGAAUGUGUUAUUUUAGGCA